GGCCCAGACAGGCAGGGGGUUGGCCCAAGUCCACGUGGACAUGAGCCCACUGGGAGGGCGUUGGUGGGCUUCCCUGCUCUGGCAGCCGGCUGGUGAAGGCUGGAAGGAGAUGGUCCCAGGGGGGAUGGAGGCCCCUCGGGCAGGCUUGGGCCCCUUGAGCUCAGGUGGCCUGAGCCCUGUGGCCAUGAUGGCUGUGUGCAGGUCACGCAGGGUCACUGGCCUCUCACCUACCUCCCCGCUGCCCUGGCCAUGUGGGUAGCCCACACUGGCUGUGGCCCAGAGCUGGCAGUGAGGUGGCCGCGUGGUGGAGAUGCAGCUCUUCCCCCAGAGAUACCCCCAUUUCCGGGUGUUCCAGCCUCCCUGGCCACCCCCGGCCCCAUCUGGGUCUUCUGAGAGACAGAUUGGGCCGGCUCUCUCCCUCCCACCAUUGGCAGAGCUCCUGGGCUCCACCAAGAAGAUCAAUGUCAACUUCCAGGACCCAGAUGGCUUCUCUGCGCUGCACCACGCAGCCCUGAAUGGCAACACGGAGUUGAUCACGCUGCUGCUGGAAGCCCAGGCCGCCGUGGACAUCAAGGACAACAAAGGCAUGCGGCCCUUGCACUAUGCGGCCUGGCAGGGCCGGAAGGAGCCCAUGAAGCUGGUGCUGAAGGCCGGCUCAGCUGUGAACAUCCCGUCUGACGAGGGCCACAUUCCCCUGCACCUGGCGGCCCAGCACGGUCACUAUGAUGUGUCAGAGAUGCUGCUGCAGCACCAGUCCAACCCCUGCAUGGUGGACAACUCGGGGAAGACGCCCUUAGACCUGGCCUGUGAGUUCGGCCGUGUUGGGGUAAGUCUCCCUGCAGAGCCAAGUGGGGCUCAGUCUGCCCGUCCCCCUCACCUGGGGUUGGGGUGGCCCAGGCCAGGGCCCCCCUACCCUGCCCCCUCCUUCAAGGUAGUCCAGCUGCUUCUAAGCAGCAACAUGUGUGCGGCGUUGCUGGAGCCCCGGCCGGGGGACGCCACUGACCCCAACGGCACCAGUCCCCUGCACCUGGCAGCCAAGAAUGGCCACAUCGACAUCAUCAGGCUCCUCCUCCAAGCCGGCAUCGACAUUAACCGCCAGACCAAGUCGGGCACCGCCCUGCACGAGGCCGCGCUCUGCGGGAAGACAGAGGUGGUCCGGCUGCUGCUGGACAGCGGGAUCAACGCCCACGUGAGGAACACCUACAGCCAGACGGCCCUGGACAUCGUGCACCAGUUCACCACGUCCCAGGCCAGCAAGGAGAUCAAGCAGCUGUUGCGAGAGGCCUCGGCAGCCCUGCAGGUCCGGGCGACCAAGGAUUACUGCAACAAUUACGACCUGACCAGCCUCAACGUGAAGGCCGGCGACAUCAUCACAGUUCUGGAGCAGCAUCCGGAUGGCCGGUGGAAGGGCUGUAUCCAUGACAACCGGACGGGCAAUGACCGAGUGGGCUACUUCCCGUCCUCACUGGGCGAGGCCAUUGUCAAGCGAGCAGGUUCUCGAGCAGGCACCGAACCAAGCCCACCCCAGGGAGGCGGCUCUUUGGGGCCCUCUGUGCCCCCAGAGGAGAUCUGGGUGCUGAGGAAGCCUUUUGCAGGUGGGGACCGAAGUGGCAGUGUGAGCAGCGUGGCCAGUGGCCGAGGCAGCGGGGGCCACACCCUGCAUGCAGGCUCCGAGGGAGUCAAGCUCCUGGCAACGGUGCUUUCCCAGAAGUCCGUGUCCGAGUCCAGCCCCGGGGACAGCCCGGCCAAGCCUCCAGAGGGUUCCGCAGGUACGGCCCGGUCCCAGCCCCCAGUGGCCCACCCCGGGCAAGUCCAUGGAGAUCAGCCACCGAAGAAGCUGGAGCCGGCGUCAGAGGGCAAGAGUGCCGAGGCCGUCAGCCAGUGGCUUGCCACGUUCCAGCUACAGCUGUACACUCCCAACUUCGUCAGUGCUGGCUACGACCUGCCCACCAUCAGCCGCAUGACCCCCGAGGACCUCACGGCCAUCGGUGUCACCAAGCCAGGCCACCGGAAGAAGAUCACAGCAGAGAUCAGUGGCCUGAGUGUGCCCGACUGGCUGCCUGAGCACAAGCCCGCUAACCUGGCUGUGUGGCUGUCCAUGAUCGGCCUGGCCCAGUACUACAAAGUGCUGGUGGAAAAUGGCUACGAGAACAUCGACUUCAUCACCGACAUCACCUGGGAGGACCUGCAGGAGAUCGGCAUCACCAAGCUGGGACACCAGAAGAAGCUGAUGCUGGCAGUGCGGAAACUGGCGGAGCUGCAGAAGGCAGAAUACGCCAAGUAUGAGGGGGGACCCCUGCGUCGGAAGGCACCCCAGUCACUGGAAGUGAUGGCCAUUGAGUCACCACCCCUGCCUGAGCCUGCGCCAGCUGAAUGCCAGUCCCCUAAGAUGACCACCUUCCAGGACAGUGAGCUUAGCGGCGAGCUGCAGGCUGCCUUGACUGGCCCGGCCGAGGGGGCCACUGCUGCUGCUGCCGAAAAACCUCCCAACCACCUGCCACCCACCCCAAGGGCCACUGUGCGGCAGGAGCCCAGCCUGGGUGGGCGGGCACGGCACAUGAGCAGCUCCCAGGAGCUGCUAGGUGACGGGCCCCCUGGGCCAGGCAGCCCCAUGUCUCGAAGCCAGGAGUACCUGCUGGAUGAGGGGCCAGCCCCCGGCACCCCCGCCAAGGAGGUCCGGGCUGGCCGCCAUGGUCACAGUGUCAAGAGGGCCAGUGUGCCCCCAGUGCCUGGCAAGCCACGGCAGGUACUCCUGCCCGGUGCCAGCCACUUUACACCCCCACAGACACCCACCAAAGCCCGGCCAGGCUCCCCCCAGGCCCUUGGGGGACCUCAUGGUCCAGCCCCAGCCACGGCCAAGGUGAAGCCCACCCCACAGCUGCUACCACCCACGGAGCGACCCAUGUCACCUCGCUCCCUUCCACAGUCACCCACGCACCGUGGCUUUGCCUACGUGCUGCCCCAGCCUGUGGAGGGUGAGGCCGGGCCAGCUGCCCCAGGGCCUGCACCCCCGCCUGUGCCAGCAGCUGUGCCAACGCUAUGCCUGCCCCCUGAGGCUGACACCGAGCCAGGGCGGCCCAAGAAGCGCGCCCACAGCCUGAACCGCUACGCAGCGUCUGACAGCGAGCCUGAGCGGGACGAGCUGCUGGUGCCUGCCGCUGCAGGGCCCUACGCCACGGUCCAGCGGCGUGUGGGCCGCAGCCACUCGGUGAGGGCACCUGCUGGCACCGACAAGAAUGUCAACCGCAGCCAGUCGUUCGCUGUGCGGCCCCGCAAGAAGGGGCCCCCACCGCCCCCACCCAAGCGCUCCAGUUCAGCUAUGGCCAGUGCCAACCUGGCUGAUGAGCAGGUGCCGGACGCCGAGGCCGAAGACGGCCUGCUGGGGGUCCGGGCACAGCGCCGGCGGGCUAGCGACCUAGCUGGCAGCGUGGACACGGGCAGUGCCGGCAGUGUGAAGAGCAUCGCAGCCAUGCUUGAGCUGUCCUCCAUUGGGGGUGGGGGCCGGGCUGCCCGAAGGCCUCCCGAGGGCCACCCCACGCCUCGGCCUGCCAGUCCAGAGCCGGGCCGGGUGGCCACGGUACUGGCCUCCGUGAAGCACAAAGAGGCCAUUGGGCCUGAUGGGGAGGUGGUGAACCGGCGCCGCACGCUCAGCGGGCCAGUCACUGGACUUCUGGCCACUGCCCGUCGGGUGCCCGGGGAGUCGGCAGAUCAAGGCCACUUUGUGGAGGACGGUGCUGGCCGGCAGCGGCCUCGAGGUCCAGUCAAGGGUGAGGCAAAUGUCGAGGGCCCACCCCUGGCCAGGGUGGAGGCCAGUGCCACGCUCAAGAGGCGCAUCCGGGCCAAGCAGAGCCAGCAGGAGAACGUCAAGUUCAUCCUGACCGAGUCUGACACAGUCAAACGCAGGCCCAAGGCCAAGGAGCGGGAGGCCGGGCCUGAGCCACCUCCGCCCCUGUCUGUGUACCAGAAUGGCACGGGCACUGCACGCCGCCUGCCGGCCUCGGAGCAGGCUGGGCCCCCGGAGCUGCCCCCGCCACCCCCACCUGCAGAGCCGCCGCCCACGGACCUGGUGCACCUGCCUCCACUGCCCCCACCGGAGAGUGAUGCCCGGAAGCCGGCCAAGCCGCCUGUGUCUCCCAAGCCUAUCCUGGCUCAGCCCGUACCCAAGAUCCAGGGCUCGCCCACACCCACCUCCAAGAAGGUGCCGCUGCCAGGCCCUGGCAGCCCAGAGGUGAAGCGCGCCCACGGCACGCCGCCGCCCGUGUCUCCCAAGCCGCCGCCACCGCCCACGGCGCCCAAGCCGGCCAAGGUAGCGGCAGGGCUGCCGGCAGGCAGCGCCAGCCCGUCGCCCGCGCCCUCGCCGGCGCGCCAGCCGCCCGCCGCCGCCAAGCCUGCCGGCACGCCGCCCUCGCUGAGCGCCAGCCCCGCCAAGCCCCCGUCCCCCGAGAUCGGAAGAGCGCACGUCCCCGCCAAGCCCCCGCGCGCCGCCGCCGCCGCCGCUUCCGGGGCCCCCGCCGCGCCUGACGGCGCCUCGCCCGGGGACAGCGCCCGGCAGAAGCUGGAGGAGACGAGCGCGUGCCUGGCCGCGGCGCUGCAGGCGGUGGAGGAGAAGAUCCGGCAGGAGGACGGGCAGGGCCCGCGCCCCUCGGCCGCGGAGAAGAGCACGGGCAGCAUCCUGGACGACAUCGGCAGCAUGUUCGACGACCUGGCCGACCAGCUGGACGCCAUGCUGGAGUGACGCGGCCACGUCGGGCCGCCCGCGCCGCCAGGGCUGCGGCCCCGCACACUGACCUUUACCUCAGGACGGGCACGUCUGGGCGCGGGCGGGC